CCGUCCCACUAAAAACCCUAAAAAUAUAGUAAAACAAAAAGUCAGAUGAAUGAGAGAAUAAGAGCAAAGCAAAAACAAGAGCCUCUUCUUGCUUUCUUCCCUCUUCCUUCCUGACCUCCUUCUCUCUCUUUAAUGAUCCUUUUUCGCCCCUUCCUUUCUCGUCUCCUGUAUUCCCUCAGCGUGAUUCUCCACCAUCUCCAAAGACCCGUCCAACUUUAUAAAAGAAAAUAACAUUAAAAGAUAACGGACACCAUGGUUUUCUCUUCUUCCAGUCUAUUUAGAUCCUCCCAAUUGGCAGCAGCAACAAGAUUAUCAUCAAACAAUGAGACAAGCGAGCUUCCACCCCUGCCUCCACAAGCCCCUCAUAUGGGCUCAAUCAGGCCUGGAUCGAUGGCUGAUAGAGCCCGGCUAGCCAAGAUACCGCCACCGGAGGCAGCUCUGAAGUGUCCUCGCUGCGAAUCUACCAACACAAAAUUCUGCUACUUCAACAACUACAGCCUGUCUCAGCCUAGGCACUUCUGCAAGACCUGUCGGCGUUACUGGACAAGAGGCGGCGCUCUCAGGAACGUUCCGGUGGGCGGAGGAUGCCGCAGAAACAAGAAGACCAAGGGAAGCCGCUCCAAGUCUCCUGCAGUCUCCGACAAACAGCCACUGUCCGAUCCCUCGGGCGGGGCCGCAGCCUCCGAGCUGAUCGGUCAAUUGCCGCCCCACGCAUCUAAUUUACCUUUCAUGGCUUCGUUACAGAAUCUGAGCCGCUGUGGCGUGGGAAGCAUGGGCCUCAACUUGCAAGGGCAGAGCGAUCACCACUUUUUCCCAUAG